GCCCCUUCACACUACUACAAAAAUUCGGCGAGCGAAACGGAUUCGUUUGCCGGAAAAAAGAGAGAGUGUUCUCAUCUGUUGACGCGCGCAUCGGCGGAUCCGCCGCCGCUUCUCGAUUUUCCGCGACGACAGCGAGAUCUGGCGGCAGUUUCUGUUUCGGUUUCGCGACUUCGCGAACGAGACGAGAGUUGACGCGAGUGCCUCUCGUUCGCGGGCUUUUGUUGUGUCUGCUUGUAUUGCGCCGUUGCUGGGCUUACAGCUGCGAGAUACUGAGCACAGCACAAUGGCGAGCUUUUCAGAAGACGAGGAAAUGUCUGAAGAAGAAGAAAUUGUCACGAUUCUCCUCUGCAACUCAAUGACGGCUAUGCUUCAAGAGCUGCGACGGGCUGAGCAACCAAGAUCGCGGCGGCGGCGACGACGGUGGUGGGUCCGCCCGUCCUUGCAGGAGCGGGAUAGGUUGGGACAGGCGAACAAUCUCUUGCCACUGCUUCGCGAUCGAGACGUCGAGUACUACAGAGACUUCCUGCGCAUGUCACCCAGCAGCUUUGACACACUGAUGGAGCUCCUUGGCCCCCGCAUCGCAAAAAAAGACACGCGGUUUCGCAAGGCUAUACCUGCAGACCACCGCCUGGCGCAAGUUAUUAGAUUACUGGCUGUUGGCGAUACCCUGCGGUCAUCUGCCUUUAAUUUCUUGGCUGGCAGGUCCACAACGUGCAACCUUGUUUCAGAGGUGUGCCUGGCCAUUUGGGAAGUGCUUGGCCCUAUAUAUGUUAUAACGCCAUCAUCUCCAGAUGAAUGGUUGAGGGUCUCCGAAGAGUUUGAGCGCAUCUGGAACAUGCCACACUGCCUAGGCGCAAUAGAUGGAAAGCAUGUCAAUAUUGAGUGCCCGAACAAUUCAGGCAGUGUGGACAGAAACUAUAAGAAUGCUUUCAGCAAGUCGAUGCUUGCAAUCAGUGAUGCACACUACAGGUUCUUGUUUGCAGAAGUAGGCCACAAUGGCAGCGAAUCAGAUGGGGGUAAUUUUGGCCGGAGCCCAUUCUUCAAGAGAGUUGACCAACGCCUGCAAGGGAUUCCUGAAGACUCUCUUUUGGCAGACAUUGGCAGCACGCCCUACUUCUUUGUAGGAGACGAAGCGUUUCCUCUGAAAACCUACCUCAUGAGGCCGUAUGCAAGGAAGAUUUACUGCCCACCAGGAACUACUGAUUAUGAAGAUUGGCAGAGACGUCAAACCGAUGGAACAUGGAGGCAAGAAGCGGAUGAGAAUGGUGGACUGACUCCUGUGCCUGCCACAGGUUAUCACCCAACGAGGCUUGCCUACACUACACGAGACAGGCUUUGCAGACACUUCAUCGGAAGCGGCAAGGUCCCCUGGCAAGAGGAGAUGAUCAGGAGCAGCAGAGUAUAGUAAUGUUGCAGCAGCUGCUGGUGUUGCUGAGCGACUUGACGGAACUGAGGAGCCAGAAGUUCCCGGCACCUCAUCUUGGUCCUGGAGAUUUCUGUUUCCAGUGCACAACAGUUAUUAAAUGAAUAAACCUAUAAUUAUUUGACGGCCUAA